AUGUCGACAACUUUAAAGGUGAGCGACCCCGUGCCGCUCGUCGGCUCGCUAGACGAGAUCUACUCGCCUGCUGGCGUGCUCAAGAACGGCCAACGAUGGGACAGCCUCGCGACCAAGUUCGCCUCGGUCUUUUCUGGGUCAAAACCAGACUUUAUCGCCCGUGCGCCCGGUCGCGUCAACCUCAUCGGCGAGCACAUCGACUAUGUAGGCUUCAGCGUCUUCCCCGCUGCGAUCGAGAAGGACAUUCUCAUGGCCACGAGGGUCACCUAUGCCGACUCUCCCGCCGAUAAAGUCGAAGUGGUGCUGAAAAACACGACGGAGAGGUUCGUGGAGACGACGUUUGCAUCGGAGUACCACUCGACGGACGGCGUGCAGUUGCUCAACGAAGGGGAUGAGCGAUGGGCCAACUACUUCAAGGUCGCUUUCAAGGGUCUGCAUUCGCACCUGCCGGCGAAGGUGCUGGACGAGAAGAACGCAAAGAGGCCGGUGAAGAUCGAGGUGCUGGUCGACGGCACCAUUCCGCCAGAGAGCAGUCUGAGUUCGAGCGCGGCCAUGACGACGUGCAGCAGCACCGUAGUCCUCGAAGCCUUCGGCGCGAGGGAGCUGAUCGACCGCAAAGAGAUGGCCGAGGUGGCGAUCGAAUCGGAGCGGCUCGUCGGCGUCAAUUCCGGCGGCAUGGAUCAGAGCGCGUCCAUCUUCAGCAUUCCGAAUCAUGCUCUGUACAUCUCGUUCUACCCGACGCUCGAGGUGCAGCCGACACGGUUGCCGCCCAGCACACCGGAUCACACCUUCGUCAUCGUCAACACGCUCGUUGUGUCGGAUAAGAAGGUGACGGGUCCGGUCAACUACAACCUGCGCGUGGUCGAGACGCGAAUGGCCGCGAGGGCGCUCGCCAAGUACCUCGGACUCAAAGCCGCCAAAGACGCUUCGUGCAAGGACCUCCGCGGCGUCCUCGAGACGUACUUCAAUGAAAAUGGAGGUAGCGGUCACAUCCAGACCGAGAUGGAGAACAGCGCAGCGGUCAAAGAGACGCUCGACAGGUCGGGCGAGGAGGCAGCGCGCAUCAAAGUGCUCGAAGAGAAGGUCGAGGCUCUCUACUCGUCGUCUACUCUCCAAGCCGCUCUGCCACGGUCCGAGGUAGAGAAGCUGACCGGCUACAGUGGCGACUCGUUCGACAAGGAGUUCCUCAGCUCGUUCCCGAUUCGCGCCGACGCCUUCGAGCUGUACAAGCGCUCCAAGCACGUCUUCACGGAAGCGCUUCGCGUAUUGCAGUUCCAGGCGCUGUGCAAGCAGCAUCAAACUCCUGCCUCGGACGAAGACGACGGCAAGCAGGUCUACAGCCAGCUGGGCGCGCUGAUGGAUGGAUCGCAGACGUCGUUGCGCGACCUGUACAGUUGCAGCUGCGACGAGCUCAACCAGGUGAUUGACAUCGCGAAGCGCAACGGCAGCCUCGGCAGCAGGCUGACAGGCGCAGGCUGGGGAGGCUGCACGGUGCACCUGGUGCCCAAACCCAAGGUCGAGGUAUUCAUCUCGGCUAUGAGGUCGCAGUACUACGCCAAGAAGUUCCCGGAGCUCACCAAGGAGCAGCUGGAGGACGCUUGCUUCGACACGCAGCCAGCUGGCGGUGCGUGUGUGUACAAGGUGUGA